AUGUGUGGAAUAUAUGUUUCUAUAGCUGAGUCCGAAUAUGUAAAGCCAGGCAAGGAAUUAGAAAAGCUCUUAUGUAACAGAGGUACCGAUUACGCUGGUUACAAGGAAGUCCAAAUAGAGGCAAACAAUGGCAAAUCUUACUACCUCUCCUUUAAUUCUACAGUCUUGGCGCUGAGGGGUAACGAUAUAAAUAGCCAGCCAUUUUUUGACACCAGCAGCGGCUCAGUACUAUGCUGGAAUGGAGAGGCAUGGAAGAUAGGUCGAGACCUUGUUACAGGAAAUGAUGGUAAAGCUUUAUUUUCCCUGCUUCUAAGAGCAAGUUCUACUGAAUCUAGUUCCAAAGCAUCAACUGCAAUUAGGGAGGUAAUCAGCAGUAUAUCCGGGCCUUUCGCGUAUGUAUUCUUCGAUAAGCUUCAUCAGCAGUUAUACUUCGGCCGCGACCGCAUAGGUCGACGAUCCCUUUUGUGUAGCAAAUUCGUGGAUGGAGCCUCUUUCCUACUCAGCAGCGUUGCAGACCCGACAAUUAGGCCAUGGGAAGAGAUUGAUGCCAGUGGCAUUUAUCAACUUUCAUUAGUGGAGCACGUAGUAUCCCCGGUUACACCCCAUUACAGUAAUCCAUUCAAUCAAACUUGUAAACAUCAGUGGACGACAAAUGGUGACCAACCUAUUUACCCUUCAUUAGGUAAUUUCAAUAGUACUAUCCCAUUGACCUACGCAUCUCUCAAUCUUCAAUCUGCAUCUGUAGAAUCCUUGCGACACCAUCUCAUUGAAUCAGUUCGGCUGAGGGUAUCGAAUAUUCUUCAGUUGAAUCCGAGUGAAGGUUCAGGAGUGAGUAUCGCUAUACUUUUUUCGGGUGGAUUAGAUUGCAGUGUUUUAGCGCGCAUAGUGCACGAUAUCUUGCCAGCCCAUGAAGAUGUUGACCUGAUUAACGUCGCAUUUGAAAAUCCUCGCGCUGUAAACGCCGCGAAAAACCAAUCUUCAAAUAAGGAUACAAGUCUACAUGUAACAGCAACAGGACAUGAAGAUCGAGAGAAUAACCCCUAUGAGAAUUGUCCUGAUCGAAAGACAGGAAGAAAAUCGCUAAUGGAAAUCCAAAGUAUCUGCCCAGGGAGGACCUGGCGAUUUUUAGCGGUAAACAUUCCCUACUCUGAGACACUAGAACACCGGCAGAUAGUUAUAAACCUGAUUCAUCCACACAACACUGAAAUGGAUCUUUCCAUAGCAUAUGCACUUUAUUUUGCUUCGCGCGGGAUCGGAUUAGCGUCAUCGUCACCACUUAAUGGUUCUCCUUAUAAAACACCUGCCCGCAUUCUUCUAUCUGGUCUUGGUGCCGAUGAGCUUUUUGGGGGAUAUGUCCGUCAUUCUACAGCAUUCAGGAGAAUGGGAUAUGAAGGAUUGCUUAGUGAACUGAGUCUAGACAUAAACAGACUUGGAAAGAGAAACCUGGGUCGUGAUGACCGGGUUAUGUCUCAUUGGAGUAAGGAAGCUAGAUUUCCAUACUUGGACGAAGAACUAGUGAGUUGGGCAGUCGAGACUCUGAUAACGGAGAAGUGUGGUUUUGGACUGUCAUGUGACCUCGUGGAGUCAGAACCAGUUAUAGAAGCUGGAAAGAAGGUUCUACGUCUACUUGCUUUUAAAUUGGGAUUACGCUCGGUUGCGACAGAAAAAAAACGGGCAAUUCAAUUUGGAUCUAGAACUGCUAAAAUGGAGAUCGGUAAUGUGAAGGGAACAAAUCUAAUAUGUUGA